ACUGGCAGUUACUACAUUAACAUUUAUACUCACCUACACCAGUCACCCUUGUAACAGUUGGUAUCUGCCGCUUUGGCUAUAUUGAUUCUGAAUAAACAACAACUAAGAAUGGCCUUUAAGAAACGUUAUAAUUCCAAAAAGAACUACCAAGGAAACAACAAUAACCGGGAUUGGUCUAAUAACUAUAGCCGCCCACUCUCAGCUGUAGAGAUACAAAGGAAAAAGAAUCAAGAAAGUAGUGACAUACUGAUUAGAUAUUCGGAAAUAUUUGAUGGAACUGCAAAAACCCUCAAAUGGUUUGAAAUAGUGUGUAAGCAGAUCGAAAUAAAGUGUCUCCGGUAUAUUUCCCAACACAACUUAAAAAUUGAAAUUUCCGAAUUAAAUGUAAUUGCUAAAUGUCAUUUGGUUGACGGAGCUGGCCUUUGGUUAGAGCAUUUCUUACGUCCAUAUUACAAGGAAAUGACCGAUGAAACAGGUAAAAUAAUUCCGGAAAAGAUUUACAUGGAUUACAAUGAAUUUAUCAAGGCAUUCAGAAACGAAUAUGAAGAUGAUCAAGUCAAGUUUGAGCUUAGUUUAGAGGUAGGAACUUACUAUCAGAAAAGACAAUCGUUGAAUGAGUAUCGCCAAGGUUUUAGAAAUAUUUUGAAUAGGUACAAACAAGAACAAAUCGAAGAACAAGAAAACUACCUUGUCAAUAAGUUUAGAAGAAAUGCAAAUACUGAAUAUCAACCUAUUCUUGUUAGCAUUAAAACCUAUAAAGACAUUGAUAACCUUAUGGAGGAUCCUGAAAUUGAAAACAGAGUAAGACGAACUUACAAGAAACCUUUUAAUUACAACCAAAGAAACUACCAGAAUGGAAACAGAAACAAUAAUUACAACAAUAAUUUCAAAAAGAACAACAAAGGUAAACAAAAGUAG